CGCGGCUGGAUAGGGCUGCCCAGUGCGGUGCCGGCAGCAGCAACCAUGGCUCGUCGGUCGGCCUGGAGCCCGAGGAGUCCUCCCAGGAGGCGUCGGGCGGACGACGACGACGACGAGAUGUCGACGGAGGUGCUCCAGAUCACCAUGGCCUGGGAGCGAAAGCGCAAGCAGGCGGAAGCCGACCUACGGGACCAGCUCAACGAGGCCGAGGACACCAUUACUGAAAUGGGCGACAAGGUUGCCAAACUAGAGAGGGACCUCGCGGCGGCGAAGCACGAUGCUGAGAUCGCAAGCGAUAUGGUGAAAUCAGUGACCGCGGAGAAGGCGGAGCUGGCUCGUGAUUUGAAGGACGAGCAGGUCCGCGUGCUGGGGGCAUUGUUUCUGAUCGCGGACCUCGCGCAGGAGCCGCCGAAGGAGGACGAGGACGACGCGGACACGCCGGUCGCGGCCUCUGAGCCGGCAGACUUACCGCCGCCGCCGCCGGCCGACGAGAACACGCCGCCGCCGGAGCUCACGCGCGUCUGCGCCGAGUGCGAGAAGCCGUGCCCCAAGGCGAGCUACAGCAACAAGCAGUGGCAGGCGAAGGCGGCGACGCGGCGGUGCCGCGCCUGCGUCGAGGGGGACGCCGCGGCGGCGGCGUCGCCGCCGCCGUCGCCCACGAAAUCGGAAACGCCGGAGGAGGAGGAAGAAGAAGACCCCGAGACCGCGGCCCCGCCCGAGGACGCGGCCGUCGCGGCAAGAAAAGCCGAGAUACUACGGAGGCGCCGGACGCACGCCGCCGCCCUGCGCGUGGCGUCGGCGCUAAAGUUCUCGCCACCGUCACAACUCGUCGACGCGAGUGCCCUGGGCCGGGCGCCGGACCGCGCCUUUACGGAAGCGCGCGAAUCGUUAAGGGACGCCGGCGAGAGCGUUUUGAGCCUGGGCGUCGCGAGAGCCGCCGUCGGCCGCCACGCGCGCGUCGCCCAACAACUUUUAGAUUUGGGCGCGAACGCGGAGCGCGCCUGCUGCGACGUCGAGGCGAUGCCCGAGUGGCCCGUCGUCGCGGCGCCGGCGACGGACGUGCCGGCUUUACAUGCCGCCAUCGUGGCCGGCCACGACGCCGUCGCGAAGUUGUUGGUGACGCGCGGCGCCAACGCCAACGCCACGUCAACACGAUUGGGCGGCGCCACGCCCCUCCAUGCCGCAGCGAGGCAUAAUAGGUCCGAGCUCGCGCGCUUCUUAGUGUCGAAGUGCAACGCGCGCCUCGACGCCGUGGACGAUGAAGGGCAGACGGCGGCCGACUGUGCGUCCAAGAUGCGCUGGACGCGGACGGAAAAAGUUUUGAGAGAUCCGGGGUUGUUGUUCUGGGCGCGGGCGGCGCGCGCGAAUCGCUUGUGCAAAGAGGGCGAGCACGCGUUGGCCCUGGAUUCGUACGACCAAGCUUUAGCUGAGCUCGCGAAGCUCCCGAAGAAUGACGCGAGGUACCCCAAGAGUCAAAGUGUGGCAACUUUACAACAUAACCGAGCUAGAAGCUUGAUGGCCCUCGGCCAGUUCCUGGCCGCGAGGAAUGGGCUAUUGGAAGCUUGUUUAGCAGCUGGUGGGGACGCCAAGUACCCCGUCGCGGCCGAUCGCCGGGCGGAAUGCGACGCGAAGCUCCUGGAACAUGCGAAAGCAGCAGAAGCCUGGGAGAGUCUCGCGGACGAUGCCGAUGAUGUUCAGAAGGCGCGAACGUGGCGAUCGAAAGCCCAAGCGGAACGAGCCAAGGCCAGUCGGCGGCCCCACGAACUCCUCGGAUUGGAGUCGCCUCGCUGUUCGCCCGCGGAGCUCAAAAAGGCCUACCGGAAAAAAAGUUUACAGUGGCACCCCGACCGCCAGGCCUCCGGCACGCCGGAACAUAAAUAUAGGGCCCACCUCAUGUUCCAGCGCAUCUCGGCGGCGCACGACGAGCUGCAGGAGUCUUCGUCGCGACCGCGCUACGCGACGUACUGGUCCGAGGAAAGCGAAGGGUCGGACCAGGAGAGCGAGGAGGAGGACCUCUACGAGUCGACGCCCGCGUGGCACCGCUAUUUCGACCGGGCCAAGGCGCGGUCCUGAUUCCGAUCGAUCGCUGUCGAGUCGUACGUUCACACUAAUUACACCGUUAAUAGGA